GCUCGCCGCUCUCAGUCCUCUCUCACACCACCAACCGACAGCAGUGAACCCGCGCAGGAGGAGAAGGUAUCAAGGUCCUGCACUCCUUCUGCGCCUUCGUCGGAUAGAAAUACUACAAGAACUAGGAUAUUGGAGACUGCUGUGUGAUAUUGUGUGUGUGAGAGAGAGAACAGUGCAGGAGAAGGAGCAGAAGAAGGAAUCCAGCACCUUUAUACGCAUUUCUACAGCGCCUUCGUCGGGUAGAAAUACUGCAAGAACUACACGAUAUUGAAGUCUUUUGUGUGAUCCUGUGUGUGUGAGGAUACGGAAGACAAGGAAUUAAGAAGGAGAGAAAAGAUUGAUUGAUUAGGAAUUAAGAAGGAGAAAAGAUUGAUUGAAUUACACGAUAUUGAAGUCUUUCGUGUGAUCCUGUGUGUGUGAGACAAGGAAGGAGAGAGAAAAGUGUGAUAACAUAAAUAAACGAAAUGAGUAAACACUAGAAGAUAUAAUGUCUGUUGUGAGAUAGAUAAGGAAGAAAGGAAUAAGACAGAGGAGGAGAAGAGAAUAGGAGAGAUAGAAAAAGAUGAAAUAAUAAACUUUUAAUUCACAUGUUCUCUUCCACUUACGAGAAAGAAACAUUGAGAAAAAAAGUUAUAUAUGUUAGUACAAGUGUGAGAUAAGAAAGUAAGGAAAUCAUAACACCAUUUCUUCAAGAGGAAAAGUGACUGAAUCAUCACCACCACCACCACCACCUUCAUCACCACCACCAGCGUCACCACCACCACCACCAUGACCCACCAAGCCAUAGAGAGCGAUGCAGAAUGGAUUGGAGUUGAUUUCGAAUUCGGAGGGGCAACAACCACCACCACCACCACCACCCCACGACCCCCACGACCCGCGUCACGCCCACGGCCAAUACCCCGCCCAUCCCUGCCCGGCCCAAGACACGACGCUCCGGAGAGGGAACCGUCCAGCCCCAAGGAAGACGGGGGCAGCAUGGGCGUGGUGGCUGGGGCGGUGGGCGGCGUGCUGGGUGUGCUACUGCUACUUCUGGUGGUCUACAUGUUGGUGCUACGGCGGAAACUGUCCAAGGCGAAGAACAACGGGCGCGCUUCGAGUUACCAGCUGCGCGUGGCGGACGUGGCGCACCUGUCCCACCUGGACGAGACCUCCAACACCUACGUCAACACCACGGACCUGCAGAAGUUGGUGGCUUCCGUCAGAGCCAAGGACAAGUCCUCCGAGGGCCGCCUGCCCACCCCGCCCCGCCUGCUGCACCAGACCCCCGCCCCCUACCGCUCUGCUGCCCUUCAACCCGCCCAGCAGGGGGACGCCCUGGUGCUGCGCGCCCCCAUGCCGCCCCCGCACCCCGCGGUGACGCCAGUGCUGCCCCCGCCGCCGCAGGCCGUGCAGGAAGAGGUCAUGUACAGUAAUCUGCAGGAGUGCGCCGCCCCGCUGCACGCCACCCUGCCCUUGAAGGCCCCGAAGACCUCACCGCUGCCGCCGCCGCCCGCCAAGGACCCAAAACCUGCCGUGAUGCAGCCCGCCCGCCCCGCCCCCGCCCCCCCGAAGGCCAGCAGCCCGCCGCCCCUGGAAAGUGACGCCCCCAGUCCCAUCCCCGCCCCUACAAAGCCCAGCGCACCCCCCCUGGCCAAUGACGGACCCAGCUCAGUUCAGCGAGUCAAGCCAGUCAAGCCCGUGCCGCCCCCCGCCGCCCCCAAGCCCGGGAAGACAACCGGGGUCGGCGCCAAGCCCCCGCCGCCCAAGGUGCCCCUGCUGCCCAAACCCGGCAAGGGCAGGGGGCUGCCGCCCCUCAAGAUGGCACUGCACGGCGCGGGGGGCGCCGCGACCCCCGACACUGCCUGCUCCACGCCGGACACGGCCACCAGCAUGCUGAGCCCCGCCGCCACGCCCCCCGCGGGCCAGCCAGACCCCGGCGUUGGCUCCAUCAGCGCCAAGAUUGCCAUGCUGGAGGGCCACAUGCGCACGGCGGGGGGUGCUGCGCCGUGGGUGGGGGGCGGCAGGCCCUGAGAGACUCAGUAGCCUGGUAGCAGGGCCACAGGAAGUCACGGACACGGCUAGCCAAUGGGAGCCGCCCCAGGUACGUUGGGGACCCAUGCAUGACGCACGUCCUGGCCGCGGACUUUCCUGCCCGCCCUUCCCUCGGCGCUGUGUGUCGCGGUGACGCCGGAGACUCCCGGACCCAAAUCUUUGUUCGGCCUUGCCUGGCCCGGCCCAAGACGCCUCUCUACCAACGGGCGUGCAACAGACAGCGGCGAUGCUGACGCGGCCCUCCGCCUCCACGAGUCAGCGGUCCUUCACCCCUCACCCCGGCACUCACCCCACCACUAACUACCUCUUCCUCCUUGUCUCGGGCCCAGCGGGUGCCGCCAGCCAUAGGCGAGGCACACCCGUGGACGGACGAGGACAUAUUUAGCUGACACACGAGCGUGGCGGACGCGGACAAGGACACGUCUACGUCAGAUACAUGAGUUGUACAGACGAGGAUAUCGGCACUUUGUGGAUACGGACACGGACGCGGUGGUUGAUUGUUUGCGGAUGAGGCGGGCGUGGAUGUAUGUAUCUAUGUUAAUGAGGCUGUUCCGUGCACAAAGAGGCCACCAUAGCCCUCCCUCCCUCCCAUAUAGUCAGCUGGAGGGAGGAAAUGACAACACAGUAUUACCACGCUAAGUCCUACGCACCACCUAUUUAUUGAGAGAGAGAGAGAGAGAGAGAGAGAGAGAGAGAGAGAGAGAGAGAGAGAGAGAGAGAGAGAGAGAGAGAGAGAGAGUAUAUAUAACUAUAUAUACGCUUGUUGAUUACUCCUAAGAUACCUGUAUACCUACAUACCCUUAUAAAUAAUAUCCUAGUGUUAUGUUAUAUAGUCCCAGAGUGGUGCCAUAUAUAUCUGUUACUUCGUAUGUCAAGGCAUAGCGUCUGUGAUAUGUUAUUCCCAGGUUGGUUAUGCGUUAAAAUACAGUAUUAAUCGAG